GGGAGAAUUGCUACCAAAGCGUGUUUUGCAAUUGGAAGAAGCAUAAGUAGUUAAGUGAGAGAGGGGAGACAGAGAGGGAAAAAAAACAAAACAAAAGAAGCUCUCUGGAGCCGGAGCCAGUGCAAGUGCAAGAGAGAAAGAAACAAGGCAGCAAGUUGGAGUUUGGCGGAUUUAGUGUCGAUUUGAUCGAAAGAAGCGAGAGUUUUAAAGAAUCUAUCUUCUGGGUUUUUCUGCGAGCUACGGACUCUGUCUUGCUGGGUCUUAAGAGUAUCUCGUCGUUUAUUGAGGCUUUUUAAAGGGACAAGUGAAAACACUGAGUGUCUUAAAAUAAGGAAGAGAAGACCUUUCUUUGGCUCUGUUUUUUUUUGUUGUUAGAAAGAAAGGAAACUGCAAUAAUGGAGUGGAGUGCUUGUUUAGAUGAAUAUGAGAAGCUUGUAAUAAGGAUGACCACUCCCAGGGUCGUCAUCGACAAUGCUGUUUGCCCCAAAGCGACGGUUGUCAAGGUGGAUAGUGCUAGAAAACAUGGAAUUUUACUUGAAGCUGUUCAAGUCCUCACGGAUAUGAACCUUUCUAUAAAGAAGGCAUACAUUUCUUCUGAUGGACGGUGGUUCAUGGAUGUUUUUCACGUUACUGAUCUCAACGGAAAUAAGUUAACCGAUAAGAGCGUUAUUAGCUACAUUGAGCAGUCACUUGUUACCAUUCAUUAUGGGAGAAAAACCGGUUCUAAUGGUUUAACAGCAUUAGAACUAACUGGUACCGACCGAGUUGGGCUUCUCUCGGAGGUAUUUGCUGUACUAGCUGACUUGCAAUGCAACGUGGUCGAUGCUAAAGUUUGGACUCACAAUGGCCGGAUUGCGGCACUAAUGUUUGUGAAGGAUUGUAAUUCAGGGUCGCCAAUUGAGGAUACACAACAGAUUGAUAGAAUAGAGGCACGUUUAAGGAAUGUUCUCAAGGGAGACAAUGAUAUUAGGAGCGCGAAAACUAUGGUUUCAAUGGCAGUCACACACACAGAGAGAAGGUUGCAUCAGAUGAUGUUUGCUGAUAGGGACUAUGAGAGAAAUCCUAUUUUGCAGCCUAGUGGUGAUUCUCCUGUAGUGACAGUGCAAAAUUGGGUGGAGAGAGGCUAUUCGGUUGUGAAUGUUCAGUGCAGGGACAGAACGAAGCUUUUGUUUGAUGUUGUUUGCACACUGACAGACAUGGAAUAUAUUGUGUUUCAUGCCACUAUCAAAACAUCUGGAGACAGAGCUUACCUGGAAUUCUACAUUAGGCACACAGAUGGAACCCCAAUUAGUUCAGAGCCAGAGAGGCAACGCGUAAUUCAAUGCUUACAAGCUGCGGUUGAGAGAAGAGUUUCUGAGGGUGUGAGACUAGAACUAUGUACACUCGAUAGGCAGUGCCUUUUAGCCGAUGUGACGAGAACGUUUAGAGAGAAUGGUCUUAAUGUAACAAGGGCUGAGAUAUCCACAACAAGAGACAUGGCUCUAAAUGUGUUCUAUGUAACAGAUGCAAUUGGUAACGCGGCUGAUCCUAAACUAAUCGAAUCAGUUAGACAAAAAAUAGGGAUGAGUAGUUUAAAAGUGAAGGAAUUGCCACCAUUGGUUGACCAUCAAGAGGCAGAAAGGGAAGAUCAAACAGCAGGGGUUGCCGGGACAGUAUUGUUAUCGCUUGGAAGCCUAGUUAAAAGGAAUUUAUACCAUUUGGGAUUGAUCAGAUCAUAUUCUUAAAGUGGGAACAUAAAAGACAAUUUGGUGUUAGGCAAGAGAUUUUUAUUGUUCACUGCUCUUUUGCAUCUGCUGGCAUAUUCUUUGCUUGAGGUUUGGGCAUUUGUGUUGUUCUGUACAUGUGGAAAAAGUUGAAGGAAUUUGGUGAUAGUAGAUUAGUUAUGGUUGGGUUGGAUUGGAUUUGAUUGAACAGAUGGAGAUACAGAUCGGACGCUGCUCCACCAUUACUAUUAUUUAUUAAGAGAAUGCUUUGUUUGAAGGGGAAAUAUUUGAAUUUGAAGAGCAGAUGGAAAGUAAAAGGUGUUUGGUAAAUAGAGGUUUGCUGAGGAGAAAAUUAGGUAGAUAGAAAAUCAAUGGCUUCAUAUACCUUUCACAGUUGUACAUAUAACAACCCUUUAAUAUAUUAGUUUUAAUAGUUGACUUGGUUUAUUCUUUA